AGUGUCAGUUCACCUGACGUACCAAUGUUUAUUUUGUUUGCAGCAAAAUAAAGUUUAUUUCUGCGCCAAUCGUAUAAAAAGUUUUUAAUUGGGAUUCAUGCAAAGGACAGAAUAUGUACACAUUACUACAUGGAUUUUACAAAUAUUUAACCCAAAAAGAUGAAUACUGCGUUGUUAUAUUGGGUUUGGAUAAUGCUGGAAAAACAACGUACUUGGAGGCAGCUAAGACAAAAUUCACAAAAAACUACAAAGGUUUAAAUCCAGCAAAAAUUACAACAACGGUUGGUCUUAAUAUUGGAACUAUUGACGUGGCUAGUGUGCGGCUGAAUUUUUGGGAUUUGGGCGGCCAACAAGAGCUACAGUCACUUUGGGAUAAAUACUAUCAAGAGUCUCACGGAGUAAUAUAUGUAAUCGACUCGAACGACCGUGGCAGAAUGGAGGAAUCAAAACAAAUUUUUGAUAAAAUGAUAAAAAACGAAUUGUUAUCGGGCGUUCCUUUGCUUAUAUUGGCGAAUAAACAAGAUUUGCCAGAUGUGAUGGGGGUACGUGAAAUUAAACCAGUAUUUCAGCAAGCCGGAGCACUAAUAGGCAGGAGAGAUUGCCUAACAAUACCAGUAUCUGCACUAACUGGUGAAGGCAUUGAUGAGGGUAUUAAAUGGCUGGUAGAUGCCAUCAAACGGCAUUCCAUAGUGAGGCCUCCUAGAGAAAAUGACUGACCAACGUAAUCAAAAGCAAUUUUUUGUCGCUACUGAUUUUUUCCACUCUCUCAUCUAAUUCCAACAAAAUUAUUUUUAAAACAAUUAAUAAUAACAAAUUAAGU